AUGGGAUUCGGCGGAGACUUCAGGGGAUUUGGCGGACACUUUAAGGGAUUCGGCGGAAAGUUUAGAGGAUUCGGCGGAAAGUUUAGAGGCUUUGGCGGAGAGUUUAGAGGAUUCGGCGGAGAGUUUAGAGGAUUCGGCGAAGAGUCAGCGGAGACUUUAGGGGAUUUGGCGGACUCUUCAGGGGAUUUGGCGGAGAGUUUAGAGGAUUUGGCGGAGACUUCAAGGGAUUCGGCGGAGACUUCAUGGGAUUCGGCGGACACUUUAUGGGAUUCGGCGGAGACUUUAUAGGAUUCGGCGAAGACUUUAGAGGAUUUGGCGGACACUUCAAGGGAUUCGGUGGAGAGUUUAGAGGAUUUGGCGGAGAGUCAGCGGAGACUUUAGAGGAUUUGGCGGAGUCUUCAAGGGAUUCGGCGGAGAGGUUAGAGGAUUUGGCGGAGAGUCGGCGGAGUCUUUAGGGGAUUUGGCGGAGUCUUCAAGGGGUUCGGUGGAGACUUUAUGGGAUUUGGCGAAGACUUUAUGGGAUUCGGCGGAGACUUUAGAGAGUUCGGCGGAGACUUUAGAUAA